AUGCUCUCAACACAGACGCCCACAUCUUCUUCCCGACCUCAUAUGCCUCCCAAGGCCAAUGGCUCGCGACCGACGAACGGUGGCAGUGAACACCUAGCGGUGGCAACGAGUGGGCGACGAGGCGCAGACACCCUCGAACGACGAAUCGCACCCGGCGCCUUCCACGAUUCGGGGAGAAAGUACGACCCACCAAAGUGCCAGCCUCGUACGCGCCAAUCGAUCAUCAACAUGAUCAUGCGCUGGGUCGACGAACAGGUGCAGGAAUUCGGAAUGAUGUGGCUAUAUGGGCCCAGCGGGGCAGGAAAAUCGGCCAUCGCCCAAGCCAUCUCGCAGCUAUGCUUCGAGCAUGGCAAAUUGGCCGGCUCGUUCUUUUUUGCACGCGCGAUAGCAGGUUUGAACACGGAAAAGCAUCUCAUGGCGACGCUAGCCCACCAGAUAUCACUCUCUAUCCCCGAAACCCGACGCUACAUCGCCCAGGCUGUGGAGAGCGACCCCUCCGUCUUCGCCGGCUCGCUCGAGACGCAGCUCCAAACGCUGAUCGUCAACCCUCUUUUGCAGGCUCAAGCAUACGCAACAGAGACCAGUGGAAAGCGAAACGGACCGGGAAGGCGCUGGGCCCGUCUCAUCGUCAUCGACGGGCUGGACGAAUGCCAGGGCGCUAACGUCCAGCGCUACAUCGUCCGCAUUCUCUCCACCGCCCUUAUCCACAAACGGGUGCCGCUCUAUAUCCUCAUUUCUUCUCGACCCGAACCCCCCAUUCGAGACUCGUUUAAUUCUUACGACCUCCGCGACAUCAUACACACCCUCGUCCUCGACGAACACUACCUCCCAGAUGCCGACAUUAAACGAUACUUCUGGAGCAGGUUCGAGAACAUCAAACAAACUCAUCCGAUGCGGACGUACAUUCCAACCCAGUGGCCCUCGCCGCAGAUCAUCCAGUCUCUCGUCCAGCGGGCGUCGGGUCAGUUUAUAUAUUCUUCUACGGUCAUCAAAUAUGUCGAUUCUCCACAACACCGGCCUGUCGAGCGCCUCGAGGCUGUUCUCCGUAUCCACAACCCAGAGGGCGACAUACCUUUCGCAGAGCUCGACGCACUGUAUCGCCACAUAUUCGCAUCGGUUCACAACAUCAAAGGCGUCCUCCGCAUCCUCGGAGCCAUCCUCUUCGCCCAGCGCCUCUUCUCGCGCCGCACACCCACCGGCGGCAACGAGCUCCCCAUCCCCGUCACCGACCCCCGUUUCCUCGAGGAGCUCCUCGCGCUCAACCGCGGCGACGUCUCUUUCAUCCUCGCAGACCUCCACUCCAUCCUCGCCGUCCCUGAUUCGCGCCGGGGCGGAACCACCAAUGCCGCCGCCUCCUCAUCCUCGAACGCUCUUCCACAUCAAGCAAGUGCGAGCCCUGGCGGCCAUCGCGGGCCGAUCGCCAACAGCACCACGAGCCCGAACGCACACCCAAGCGCCGCGGCGGGCAGCGCAGCGAACCCGAAGACGCUCGACACGGGCAUCAGGAUACUACAUAGCAGUCUUAUCGAUUUCUUGACGGAUCGAUCGCGGGCUGGCAGGUAUUUCAUCAAUUCAGUCAAGGUGCAUGCUGAGCUGGCACGAGCGUGUACUCGGAAUCUCCUUUCCGGUCACAAGUUCGUUCAUCAAUACGCAGGCCAGGCCCUUGUCACGCACUGUCGGUAUUCGGUUCUCACCCACGAACUCCUCGCCGACCUCCUCAACUUCGACGUCUCGAUAUGGAUGACGACGUGCAAGACGUGGAACGACGGUGGCGGGCCGUACGACCAGGCAUGGACCGAGCUGCCCCACUUAUUCCACUGGUUCCGUUCCCAGACGUACCCUGACCCAUCCAAGGACCUCUACGAAAUCCAUACCCGCGCAUUCGACCAAUACCUCCUCAACGAGCUCAAGAACUACGUCCCCGACGAGCCCCUCUUCGACCUCCUCACGUUCGUCACCUACCCCAACCUCCUCUGGGAAUGGUUACAUAUGUGGCCCUUGCUUGGCGUUCCGGCGGCAGAGACCGCGGAGCGAGAGGAGGUGGAUCGGCGGUCAUUGUGCCUCAUGGGGUUGAAGCAGCCGUUCGACCAGUAUCGGCAUAUCCUGGCGGGUUUCUUGACGGAUCGCGAGCGGGCGGGCCGAUAUACGUUGGAUGGGCGGCAUUACGCGAGGGUGGCGCUGAAAAUGGCGAGGUAUUUGUUCGAGCCGAAGAAGCCAGGGAAAGUCUGGGAAUACAAGCUCCCAUCCGAAUGGACGUGGUAUCGACGAGACCACGACGACAAAAUCUUCCGCGAGAAGAAGGCAAAAGACACCUUCCAAGCGGGUCUCCAAUACCUCACGUUCUACCUGCAAAAAGCAACCCCCGACGCCGCCCUCGUCGACUACCUCGAGAAGAACAAGUUGGAUCCUAUUCGCGCCCAGGAGCUACCUCGACUUGCAUGGGCGGAGGAUAAGACGAAGGUCGAGGAAGGUGUGGUGGCAUAUCUGAAGCGUUGUCAGGAACAAAAUCGGAGUAGCAGAAGCCCGAGGUCGCCGGUCCAACAAGGACAUCCAUAG